GGAGAAGGUUGAUAUGAUAUUCACGUCCAAGGGAGACCUCACCGGGACGGGACAGGUGUAUUCACGACUAUAGAUAAUGCUCAGACAUGGUGCCUUGUCAGACCCAUGUGUUGCUGAAAUGGCAGGAGCACUUCAAUAGCUCCUGGGCAGCAGAAGACAGUGUACAGACGGCUAGGAGACAUGGAGCUGCUGUGCUCUACAACAAGCUCCUCCACAACAAGGAGGUGGUGACUCUAGCCCAACCUGUACAAGAACUGGUGGGCCCGCGCCUGCCAGACUUCGAGUGUGAGUCCAGCGCCUCGGCAGAGAAAGAAGAGUACCUGUCAUCCCUGCUCCACAGUCAGCGAUGGCUGGCUCACCGCAUGCUGACGCAGACCUCCUACACCCAGGGCCUCCACCAAAGGCUGGUAGUCCUCCAGAGGAUCUACUAUGCACUUCACAGCAAAUACCACGACAAAUUCCACGUGCAGCUACACUCUCAAUCCACAGACAAUGGCACAGAAUGUGGGCAACUUGAGCUGGCCUCAGAGCCCUGCCUGCCAGGGGGGGCGUCCAAAGUCAAGUCGGGUACGGAUGUUCUGAUAGAGAUGGGUGUGAGGACAGGUUUGAGUCUUCUCUUCUCCCUACUGCAGCAGAACUGGAGGUACGCGGCCUCCGUUCACCCGGAGUCGGUGCUUUGCAACGACGUGCUCGCCACAGCGUCCUCUGUGCUGACUUCUCUGCCCCCGCUGUCUCUGGCCAAUGAGAAUAAGAUCCCGUCAGUGGGGCUGGACUGCCUGGCGCAGGUGGCAGACUUCCUGAAGAAGACAUCAGUGAGCAGCGGCACCGGGGGGGCGGAUCCAACCGGGCGGAGGUUAGCGCUGGAGCUGCUGCUGGGCCUGGCCAUGCAGAGAGGCUCUCUGAAGUUCCUUCUGGAGUGGGUGGAGGUAGCUUUGGCUGCUUCUAUGCCCUCAUCUUCCUCUACGCUGUCUCCCUCCUCCUCCUCACUGAGCUCCCAGCACUCGGCUGGCGUGGGCUUUGAGGUCAUCCAUCAAACGCUUCUACAAAUGAAGCAAUAUUCGGGUUUCCGCGGGGACUCCGUCAAUACUCAGGUGCUGAAGAAGGACGCAGAUGGACUCUGUCGACUCUCCCAGGCUGCUCUCUGCCUGUUUGAGGAGAUCUGUAACCUAGCAUCCUACUGCCUGUGCUCCUGCAGCACUGAUGCAGCUGCUCCUGGUUCAGAGAGUGACACAGUGAUGGUGUACGUGUGGGGCAGCAACAGCAGCCAUCAGCUGGCAGAGGGAACUCUGGAGAAAAUCCUGCUGCCAAAGCUGACUCAGGGCUUCAGUGAUGCCCAAAUGAUUGAGGCGGGGCAGUACUGUACCUUCUCAGUCUCUACAGAUGGGUCAGUGAAAGCGUGUGGGAAAGGCAGCUAUGGCCGCCUGGGCCUCGGGGACUCCAAUAACCAGUCCAUGCCCAAGAAACUUGUGCUGGAGCCUCAUAGGAACAUGAAGAAGGUGUCCUCCUCCAAGGGCUCUGACGGGCACACUUUGGCCAUCACUGUAGAGGGAGAGGUAUUCAGCUGGGGUGAUGGAGAAUAUGGGAAACUAGGCCAUGGCAACAGUGCUACACAGAAAUACCCCAAAAUCAUACAAGGACCUCUGUUUGGCAAAGUUGUUAUUUGCGUGUCUGCUGGCUACAGACACAGUGCUGCUGUGACCAAUGAUGGAGAGCUUUAUACCUGGGGAGAAGGCGACUUUGGCAGACUUGGUCACAGUGACAGUCAGAGUCGUAACGUGCCCACUCUAGUGAAGGACAUCAGUGGUGUUGGACAGGUGGCCUGCGGCAGCUCUCACACCAUCGCUGUGGCGCAGGAUGGACGCACUGUGUGGUCCUUCGGGGGAGGGGACAAUGGUAAACUAGGUCAUGGAGACACCAAUCGUGUGUAUCGCCCAAAGGUCAUAGAGGCCCUGCAUGGAUUCAUCAUCAGGAAAGUGUGUGCUGGCAGCCAGUCCUCUCUGGCCCUCACCUCUGCAGGACAGGUGUUUGCAUGGGGCUGUGGCUCCUGUUUAGGGUCUGGCUCCUCUGAGACAACCUCUCUGAGACCCAGGUUCAUAGAAGACCUGAGCAUUACCAAGAUCAUCGAUAUCUCAUGUGGAGACAGCCACUGUCUGGCUCUGACGCACGAGAAUGAAGUGUAUGCCUGGGGCAACAACACUAUGGGCCAGUGUGGGCAGGGCCACACCUCCACACCAAUUACCAAACCUAAGAAAGUGCUCGGUCUGGAGGGGGUGUCCAUUCAGCAAAUCACUGCUGGUACUUCUCACAGCCUGGCCUGGACCGCAGUCCCCACAGACAGGCAACUGGUGGCGUGGCACAGGCCUUUCUGUGUCGACUUGGAAGAGAGCACGUUCACUUACCUGCGCAACUUCCUAGAGAGUUACUGUGAUGGCAUCGGGGAUGACAAUCCUCCUGCCCCUUUCUUAUCUAAAAGGGACCACCAUCAGUUUCUUCUGCUCUGCAUGAAGCUGCUUUCUAUCCACCUGUCCUUGGCCCAUGCUGGGGGCACUGGUGCCAUGGUUUUAGGGGCUCAAGGCAGACCCCUCAGAAACCUGCUGUUCCGGCUCAUAGAUACUAAUAUGCCAGACUCUAUACAACAGGCAGUUCUGAACACGCUGUCCAUCGGUGCGUCUCUGUUGCUUCCUCCACUGAGGGAGAGAACUGAGCUGCUCCUCUCUCUCCUUCCUCAGGGCCCUCAGAGCUUAAAUGUCCUCUCUAAAGGACAGCGUCUGCAGUUAGACAUGGUCCUCAGCAGCCUUCAGGAUCAGAGCCAUGUUGCUUCUCUACUCGGUUACAGCAAUUUCGGGGAGGUGACAGCCCUGGGUCCCCCCCUGACACCCGCUCUGUCGGUCCGGCCGCCUUCCUCUUCCAGCUCUGUGGAUGCUUACGAUCCUCUGCACUUAGCAGAGGUGCUGCUCAGAACCCUGCUGCUCAGUAUCGGCUUUUACACGGAGCGGGCAUUUGGAGAACUGGAGAAAAACAGUGACAAACAGCUAUCAAGUGACAGCCAGGGACAGACUGAUCCUCCCUGUCACUUCCACCAGCUGCUGUCAGGACUGCACAAACACCUGCUGGGCCAUUGCUACAUCCAUUCCAGCCCUGAGGAUGACGGCAGUGUGACGCUGCUCCGGGAGCAUCUGUACCUGCUGCUUCCCUGUGCUGCUGAGACACUCAGGAGAUCCACCAAACUGUUGAAGGAGAGCUCCCAAGAUAAUCAGAUAAUCAAGAAGCUGCAUGUGGUGUUGUACAACUCAGUGGCUGGCAGCCUGCUGUGCCAAGUCAUGUACUCCUUGCUACUGCUGCCCCUCAGCACAGUCCAGCCCCUCCUCAGCCAUUUGCUGGCCCUGUUGGAACAACUCAAUGAUUUCAACAGGUUCAUACCAGAGACCGGCCUGCUGGAGGAGCAAGAGCUGAGGAUGGAGGCUCAGAAGACAUGUUUAGAUAAGAGUGAAGACAAUGCGUGCCUUGGACCGCAGCAGCAGCAGCAGCAGCAGCAGCAGCAGCAGCAGCAGCAGGAGCAGCAGGAGGAGGACGAGGACGAGGAGGAGAGCACGUGGGUUUGGCUGUUGGAUCUGGAGCGCUCUGUAGCGUUGGCAGUCGGCCGUUGCCUCGGUGGUAUGCUGCAAGGCCCGCCACCGUCACUUCAGGAGAAAUUGUCAGAAUUCUGGCUAUCAAAUGUCCUCCUCAGGAACGGGCUUGAGAUGGACUUUGAACAGCUGGACUCGAGCAUGGCGUGGCUGACUGAGGUGGUUCUGCUUGGCAGCACUGAUGCCCGACUGGCAGAGCUCAGCCUGAACGAGGAAACCAGGACUUUACUGGAGCUGGCGCUGGGGUCCUCCAGAGGAGCUGCAGGGGGCCUGUGGCAAAAUAUGGAGGAGUACGCUCACAGCAAAGAGUGGGAGAGUGCAGGAUCUUCAGGUGACUGUUUGCUGCAGACCGUCUGCCGCUGCAGUCUUGCUGUUCUGUUGAAACACACAGGGCUGCAGAAAGAGGCCUGUUGGCAGGACAAAUAUGAGCCCUGCGAGAUGCUGCUGAACGUCUAUGAAACGGUCUAUAAAAUCAGAAGCUCUCUGUUGGCCCAUAAAAACUCUCCAAAGAUGUCCCAGGUGCAGACUGCUGCCAAACAGAACCCAUCUCCCCAAAGUCCGGAUGCAGACAGGCAGGAGCCGGGCCCCUCAGCGGAGCAGGUGGGGAAGGAUCCUGAGCAGCAGUCAGUGGGUCAAUGUAGCCGGGAGGUACAGGUGCCCCCACCCCCCACAGCAAACCACAACCAGGAGGAGGUUGCAGAGGAGGACGCAUUUGGCAACAGUCGUAUGUACCUGUCAGAAGUCCUGGAAUCAUUCAUGGCCACCCGAGAAGCCAUGCAGGUACAGCAGAACGUGACGGUGUACGAAUCCUUCGGCACAUCCACCCUCCCCAGCAGCAUGGAGAGCCCCGUCAGCCCGGAGAGGGAGCUGGAUCCCAAGCAGCAGUGGGAGAAGCAGCGGGAAUCCGAGGAGAGCUUGGGAUUCCCCGACGCCUGCCAUCUGGUGGUGUCCCGCUGCCUCUUUCUCCUGCUUGGGGUCAGGCCUGCGUUUGUGGAACCCGGUGAAAGGGAGAGUCAGACUAUAAACCCGGGAGCGAGGAAACCAACAGCAGAGCUCCUAAUGAUGGCUGCUGAAGGCCGGAAACAGUCUGACCAAUCCAAAAACUCAUUGGGAUCUUCAAAGAAUAAAAUGGGCUUACCUCUGUGUUCCCUGGGCGUCAUGAAGGAUGCCUGGGAUCGCCUGCGGCAGUGCAUCAGCCCGACCACCUCCACCCACUAUGGCAGCAACACUCUCCCCAUUCUCAACCAGGUGUUCCAAUUUGUCUGUGGAAGCCUCAUCCACAUUUCACCCUCCUCACCUACCUUGCCGGCCGGACAGACUUGUGGUCAGGCCGAUCCCAAAGCCAUUACUUUUGCAAUACUGCAGCAGCAACAGAGGGCGGAGUUGCGUCUGGAGGCCUUGUGUCAGAUGUCCUCCUUCCUGUGUAAGAUGGAGGAGAAGAGCAGCGGGUUCCCCGUCUCCCCUCAUUUUCCUGCUCUGCUGCAGUCCGUGCAGCUCCAGUUCCUCUCUGGAUGCUUUUCUUUGGGAACACAAAUCAUCGGCUCUCACUCUGGAGCUAGUUACGAGACGCAGCAUUACAUGUCUGGUACGACUUCAGCUUCUCUGGAAAUGCAAAGGGAGCUACAAUCUGCAGCGCACACCUUCUACCAGCAGGUGGUGCGUGUGCUCAAACAGAGGGCCCUGUUAGAGAGGUCAUACCCAGGCUCCUGCCAGCACCUUCUCCUAGCCACCAUGUUUGCACUGAACUUCUCCUACCAACCAGUGGACCUGGUGCUGGUUAUUAAAUGUGGCAUCUUGGAAAUCCUCUCCAUGCUGACCAACAACAGCUGUGCUCUGAUGAACCAGGGCUGGUUUUCAGCCUCUAAAUCUGGAUCCAUGCUGCUAAGUGGGGCUGUUAGGCUAGCCUGCGCUCGCCUGCUGCAGAUAUUGACUGUGGCUGCAAGCUCCUGUGAGGAAAUGCUGCCUGUGGAGGUAUCUGUUGCUCUCAUGGAAGUGAUGUGUGAGCAGCUCCAAAAUAUCCUGUCUACUUUCCACCAGCAGCAGACGGCAGAGAGAGGUACGGCGGAGAAAAACGAUCUGGACAGCAAGAGUGCAAAUCCAAUUGUGGUGGAAAGCAGCAAAGUGGUUGAGUCUCAGCUUGCAGACUUCUUGGUGUUUUUGAGGCGUGUUCUGUCUUUAAGAGUAAUGAAAAGACUUUCUACUUUUGUCAAAUGGAUUGAUCCACUCAUGUCCAUCAUUUCACACAAAUGCUCCUCAGGUGCUCCGUGCUUCCAGAACCUCCGCACUAAGCUUUUGGCCUUCCAUGUUUUAGAAAGACUGUUACCUGCUUGUUCUGAGCCUGUUCAAAUUCAGCAGAUUGUUAAACAACUCUUUCAGCUCGUGUCUGUUUAUAUGUGGAAGGAACCACUAGCUGAGAAGAACCACGAGGAGACUGCUGAAAAAGACAAGGGGAAUCCUGGCAGCUAUGAGGAAUGUAUUCCCAUCGGAGAUUUUUCAUUUGACCCUCACAAGCUCAUCUGCUGUUCUUUGGAGAGCGGGAACAUCCUCUCUCAUGGCUCAGGAGGGAAGGGCUACGGCCUGGCAACCACUGCCAUCACAUCUGGCUGCUUCAUUUGGAAGUUCCACAUCACCAAAGAGAACCGAGGCAAUGAGGGCACAUGCGUAGGUGUUUCUCGUUGGCCAGUCAGAGAUCACAACCAUCACACUACGACUGACAUGUGGCUGUACCGGGCCUAUAGUGGCAACCUGUACCAUGGAGGGGAGCUGGCCCGCACACUCCCCUCCUUCACCCAGGGGGACACUAUCACCUGCAUCCUGGACAUGGAGGCUCACACUAUAUCAUUCGCUAAGAAUGACAAGGACCCAAAGAUGGCGUUUGAUGGUGUGGUAGCCUCUGAACUGUAUCCCUGUGUGUUGUUCUACAGCAGUAAUCCUGGAGAAAAGGUGGCACUGCAGGACCUCCAGAUGCGAGGCAUGCCCAGCAAUCUUCUCCCCGGGGAGCCUCUCUGCAGCCCUCGCACCACGGUGCUGCUGGAGUCCACCCUGCAGCUCCUCCGCCGACUCCAUCGGUGUGACCAGUGGGCCUCGCACAUCAACCAGUACAUCCACACCCACCUGGAGCUCAUCGGCCCCCUGCUGAAAGAUGACGAACUUGGGAGCUUCAACCCAGGCCUCGGUCCCACACACUUUGAUAAGGAGGAAAAUGUCGGACAGAGGGAGGGAGGUGAGGACACGGGGGAGUUGUUGACCCAGCGUCGGUCCUUGUCCGAGGCCAAGCUAGCAGCUCUCUGCACCGAGGUGUGGCCGGUACUGGCUCUGAUCGGCGGGGUUGACAGCGGUCUCCGGGCUGGAGGUCUCUGCCUGCACAAGCCCAGCGGACGCAGGGCCAUUCUGCUGGGGGUUCUGAAGGAGGGAAGCCCCCUGGCCAAGCUGCAGUGGGAGGAGGCAGACCUCUCUGUCAGCUCCAUGAAUUCUUGGUCACCCAGCGACACGCCGAUCAUCUCGCUGGAGCCCUGCGACGUGUCCUGCUGCGACGUCACCCCGCUCAGAGGCCUCAAACCGAAGGUGUUGUUAGACCUGAUCUAUUUAAUGGGGCUGCUGGAGGAGCAGGGAUGGGUGGGGACUCAUCCGGCCUCUAACUCUAAACGGAAAUACUCUGAGGAGGUCAUGAAAGAGAGUGAGGGGCAGAGCAGUGUCGAGACAGACCCCUUCCCCUCAUCGUCCUCAACCAAAGAUGCCACAAAGAUCCCUGACCAACAGGAGUCGACCCAACCUCCCCAAACCUCCAAACUGGAUGUCUUUGCGCAUGAACUGAGAGCCGUCAGAGUCUCAUACCUUCUCAUAGGAGCUUUAAAAUCCCUGACUGUCAUUUUUAGUUGUGAGAAGCUCUCAGAUUUGCUCCUAGUGCCAAAACACGACCCUCCCAACUCUUCAACGAGUCCCCUUUCCGGCACAAACCCCGACCAGGCCAAGGGAAGCAGCAAACAGUGGGACGAGAGUGCUGAGCUGAGGUCGGUGCUGCAGUAUGUAGUGCAGAGCAUGGUGAAGUGGGCGGUCAGACCCUGCCCCAUCAAACAGAGCGUGUCUCUCGUGGACCUGGAGAGGGCUCAGGUCAUGAUCUACAAAGGAGCUCUGAACAGACUGCAGGAGGACAAAGAACACAAAGAAUCUGGCCACCAUUCGUCCUCUCAGCCCAUUUCCAAGUCCUCCAGUUCUGUGUCCCUGUACAGCGCGGGUUCAGAAGGCACUGCCAUCUUCGGCCAAUCAAACAGAGCCUCUGCCUCUUCCUCUAACACCGACCUGGCCUCCUCUCUGCCAACUAACCUGCAGGCAGAUGGCCUCGAUAACUUCAACCCUUUCUUUCCCAUCAGCCUCCUCCAGCACAUGGUCUUAACUCGGUUCCCUACGCUUACCGGCCUGGUUAGCGCCCCCCCCGUGCUGCACCCCUGCUUCAGCCUGGCCAGCUCUGCUUCUUGUGAUGCCUUCACAGAGCAGCAGACUAGCUUCAUGGAACCAGGUCCCUGCAGCACACAGGCCAGAAGCAGCCUGGAACGGACACAAAUGUUUGUCACCAGUCGGUUGCUAGAAAUGGGAUUCUCUAUGAGACAUAUCUACUGGGCCAUGGAGGCAGCAGAUGUAGCAGGUGACUUGGACUCUCAAACCAUCGAGGUGUUGGCCAGCUGGAUGCUGGAGCACCCGCUGACAGAGGAGCAGCAGGCAGAGUCAUUACGACCGGAGGGGGCUCCCGACACCCCGUCUCCAGAUGGGCCAGAGACGGUGCAAUGUCCCGAGCGGCCCACCACUCAGCUCAAUGAAAGUCUAUUGCCGGGGUUGGACUGGAUAGAGAGGGAGAACUUUUUGGAUGUCCACCUCACGAGAAACAGACCUCCUCCUGCACGGCGGCGGCGCUCAGGCCCGAGUCAGAGGACCUCUUUUCGAAGAGCAGCAAACACCAUCUUUUCAGACUUGCCGUCGCCCAACCCCCUCCCGCAGCUGUACCAGCAGCACACCUCCGUCAGUGAUUGGCCAGAGCAGGUGGAGUUCCAUCCCUACACCGCCGAGGAGUCUGAGCUGGGAUACAUGGACGACCCUUACCAUGAGGAAACUUAUGAGGACCUCCUGACCCCGUCUUUCUUCAGCCUGGAGAGGGACACACUCCAGAUAGUGGAGGCCGGAGAGGAACACAGUCAGAUGGUGAAGUGUGAGCUAUGCAACACCCUCACCCUGCAGUUCAACAACCACAUAAAGCGGCGUCACCCGGGCUGCGGUCAGAGCGCUGCGCGUAAGGGAUACGACAGCACCGGGGCCUACGUGGAUGUCUGGUUCAAAGGGGAGUGCGGAUCCAACUUCCCCUUCUACCUCCUCUGCAGCUCCUGCAGGGAGAAGUAUCUGGCUGCAAAUUUAAAUGACCCAUCUUCCAAAUAUGAAAGAAUUAAAGGUCUGACAUCGGAUUUGAUUGGCCAGUUAGACAGCACCUCUGAUGAUGAUUGGGAAAUGAGCCACCAAGACGAGUGUGACCCAGACAAGCUGACAGGACUGGAGGACUUUGGGCUUCUGUUGCGUCCCCUGGGACUGACAGAAAAGAAGCUGGUACCAGACCCCAUUACCUUCACUGAGCCGGAUCCGCUCGGGGCCCUCGUUUACAACUCAGCUGAUCCUUCAAAAGGCGGAAUUCCUAAAGGGAAUGCCCUUGUUGAACAGAAGACCUCGCUGAGCCUCGGGCAGCAGGCGGUAUCUCUGAGGGACUCUCAUGAUAGACUAAAGGCUUUAAGAAGAGUCACAUCCACAGCCCAGAUUCUGCUAGCGUACAGCAUGGUGAUGAGAGCCCUGUCUCAGACGGCCUCCAGUGCGUCAGUGUGCAGCCACUCUAACGGACUGGAGUCCCUGGGUCUGGCAGAUAUCCGUAUCCUGGUGCGUUUAAUGACUCUGGCAGCAGGGGGCCGGGCUCACACCUGUGUGGACAGACAGUCAGGUGUGAAGGGGCCGGCGACCGAGCGCAACAACUCCACCUGCCUCAGCUUCCUCACCUCCGCCAUUGGCAGUGUGGUGUCCCACAGCCCCAGUGCUUACAGGCAGCUGGUGGAGAUAUGCACUCAGGAACUGAUGGCAGCGGCUACAGGGGUGAACCUCGGGGCCAUCAGCGACCCGCAGCAGAGGACUUUUCUGAGCACCUGUCUGACAGUUGCAUCGCAGGCAUCCCAGCCGCAGAAGGACUUCAUCGAUCAGACGCCCCCCACGUUCCUGGUCACACAAAAUCUGGUGUCCCUGCUCACAGAAAAGGGCGUCCACUGCUACAGCUCAGAUAAGACAGAACAUGAGGCUAAUGAUACAGGAAGCCAAGGGGUGUCUUCUUCGUCCUUGCCUCCUUCCCCUUUACCCCAUCUGACCAGAGUGGGCCCUCUGGAGCUGGCUAAUGCGCUGGCAGCAUGUGUCCUCUCUGCCCGGCUGACCAGUAAACACCGCCAGUGGGCCGCACAGCAGCUGGUGCAGGCUUUGGCUGCCACAGGGAGGGACGGUCCUAAUCGGACACAAACAUACAGUGACCUGGCUGGUGACUUACGCAAGAGUCCUCUCAAGAGGCUGGAAGGACACUACAACAAGGUGACCAGCUGUUCCUGGAACAGUGACCAGAGCCUCCUGGCUACCUGCUCUCAGGACAAGGUGGUGCAGCUGUGGAGCCUGAGCCAGAACACUGUGGAGCUACAGACCACCUUCUCCUGCAUCGCCAGUAAGGCGGACCGAUCGAGCAGUGAGAGGGCCGCUAGAUGUAAUCUCAUGUCUCCUGUGUACUGGAGCACAGGGGGAAACUUCUUGGCUGCCCCAGAGAACAAACAUAUCAACAUCAUGAACAUAAGAGGAUCUCACUGUCAUGUGGAGGCUCAGCUCUCCCGGAUCACAGCGCUCUGCUGGGCUCAGGCCUUCAGCUUGUGGGUUCUGGAGCAACCCGCAGCCUGUAAGAACAGACCUGCCGAGAGCCUGCUAGUGGGCAGGCUGGAUGGCUCCCUCUGCUGGCUGCAGGUCACAAUGCAGCAGCUAGACCUGAAUGUAAAGAGCACUGAACUCACCCAUUGCCACAGGAAAGAGGCUCCCCAGUGUGUGGCCUGGCACAGCGAGGAGAAGCCUUUUGCCGUGGGCUAUCCCAAUGGAAAGAUCCUUUUUGCCACAACUGAGGUGUACGAGAACGAGCAGCCUGUUGUUCUCUCAGUCUUCCAGGACGGUAUAAGCUCUCUCAAAUGGGACCCCACAGGACACUUGCUGCUCUGUUUGGGGAGGUCAGAGGUAGUGAAGAUAUUGGGGCGCUCUGGGGGCUCCUGGGUGACCCUCCACUCCCUCACUCACAGCAGCACCGUUAACAUCGCAGAGUGGUGCCCGGUCGCUGGCAGAGCCCCUGACCCCAGGCUCAUGGUGGCUGCAGGUUGUCAGAAUGGCUCCGUGCAUGUCUGGACUCUGCCACAGGGGGGCACCUUUGUAUUUUUGCCCAACAUACUGAACAGCUCCCUGGGCCAGGAGAAAAGCACUGGGUCAGAAAAGGAGAGUGCAAAGAGUGUGUUCGUGCUGCAAGGCCACAUCACAGCAGUGAAGUCCCUUUCAUUUUGUUCAAGUGGACUGGCUCUGGUUUCUGGAGGGAUAGGGGGACUGCUCAACAUCUGGUCUUUACAGGAUGGUUCAGUCUUGCAGACUGUUACAGGUCUGGGUUCAGUAGUCAGUACUACCUGGAUACCAAACCUGGGUGUGGCUGUUUGCUUUGGGAGGUCAAAGGAUGUGUUGCUGAUCUGCUGCACUCCAGACUGGAUCAGUCAGAAUCACGUGCUAGCUUCCUGUCGUAUGGUCCUCAGAAGCCAGAACAUCCUGGGUCUAAAUCGGGCCCCUUGUUUCGCCGUCUUCCUGGAGAGGCUGCCAUUGCUGUUGCAGGCGCAGUACAAUUACGAGAAGACGCACGUGGCAGCGGGUGAUCAGCUGGUCCACAGUGCCUUCCUGCAGAGCCUGGCCUCCCUGACGGUGGGAUUGUCCUUAGAGAAACAUCUGUGCCGUUACCCUCGCCCUCCACACCACAGCAGUCCUGAUGCCCACUCCUGCCCGUCGGAGUGGAUCUGGCUCGCCACUUAUGCCACCACCGUCCGCAGCGCUGAGGCGAUUGCCAGCGGUACGGCCUUCCCAGAAUCCUUCAGUCUUUCAGAGUUGCAAGAGGUGGAUGCCACUGAGAUCACCAAGGCACUAGACAAUAGCAAGUGGAGCUUCAGGAUGGAUGAACAGCUGAUGUCAUGGGCCACUACCAGACCAGAGGACUGGCAGCUGGGGGGGAAGAGUGAGGUGUACUUGUGGGGGAACGGACGUUACGGACAGCUGGCAGGAAUGGGAACCAACCUGAUGAUGCCCACCCUUGCUCCCACUCUGCUACAGACACAACAGGUUGUGUGUGGACAGAACUGUUCCUUCCUGGUCCAGUCCAAUGGGACAGUCCUGGCUGUAGGAGAAGGACAGUAUGGCAGACUGGGCCAGGGGAAUUCUGAUGACCUCUACGUCCCCACUAUCAUCUCUGCUUUCCAAGGGUACGUGGUGACUCAGCUGGUGACGUCCUGCGGCUCUGACGGACACUCCAUGGCCCUGACUGAGACCGGGGAGGUGUUCAGUUGGGGUGAUGGGGAUUUUGGAAAACUGGGCCACGGUAACAGUGAAAGGCAGAGGAGACCCAAACAGAUAGAGGCCUUACAAGGGGAAGAGGUCGUUCAGCUUGCUUGUGGUUUCCGGCACUCAGCUGUGGUCACAGUAGAUGGGAAACUGUUCACCUUUGGCAGCGGUGAAUCUGGCCGUCUGGGUCAAAGGUCAACAUCCAACAAGAUGCUGCCUGAGAGGGUGGCUGCGCUUGAGGGAUAUCAUGUGGGGCAGGUGUCAUGUGGUCUGAAGCACACACUGGUGCUGUCCCUCGAUGGCAUGGUUGUGUGGGCGUUUGGAGAUGGGGAUUACGGCAAACUGGGAACAGGUUCCUCUACAGCCAAAUACUACCCUCAGAAAGUGGAGCAGCUGUGCAACAAAGGGAUUAAGAAGGUCUGUUGUGGAACGCAGUUCUCCGUGGCGUUGGCCUGUGAUGGACAUGUUUACACAUUUGGACAAGAGCGUCUGAUUGGCCUGCCGGACUCCAUGCUGAAGAAUAAAUCCUGCCCCCAGGUGGUGCCGUCUCUGGAGGGACUGUUUAUUGAAGACAUUGCUGUGGGCUGUGAACAUGUGCUGGCCCUCUCCUCCACUGGAGACGUCUACGCCUGGGGCUGCAACAGUGACGGACAGCUCGGCCUUGGACACUCCAACCUGGUGAAGGAACCCACGCUCAUAACCAGCCUCCAGGGGAAAAACAUAAGGCAGAUCUCCGGCGGCCGCUGCCACAGCGCAGCAUGGACCACCCCCUCUACCUCGCUGAAAAACUCAGGUGCCUCUGGAAGUUUCCAGCUAGGCCUUCCCCAGGCAGUCCCCCCCCAAUACAACACGCUCAAAGACUGCAGCCCUCAUGUCCUCAGCAUGCGCCUCAGGGUACUCUACCACUUUUCUGAUCUCAUGUACAAGUCCUGGCGGCUGCUCAACCUGGACACCAAGAAACCGGUGUCCACAUCACGCUAUAGUUCAGGGACGACAGCCAUCAUUAGAGGUGAUCUCAGAGGUCUUCUAUCACCCAAGGUCAACACUCUGCCUCUAGUACGCUCCAUUGGCAGGACAAUGACCCAGGGCAAAACAUAUGGGCCACAGAUCACUGUGAAACGGAUUUCCACCAGAGGGCGUUCGAGCAAGCCUAUCUUUGUGCAGAUCGCAAAGCAAGUGGUGAGUCUGAAUCCCCUAGAGCUGCGGCUGCCAUCACGAGCCUGGAAGGUCAAACUUGUCGGAGAGGGAGCGGACGAUGCCGGAGGAGUGUUUGAUGACACCAUCACUGAGAUGUGCCAGGAGUUACAGUCUGGUGUUGUGGAUCUUCUGAUUCAUACUCCCAACAGCUUUGCUGAUGUGGGCAGCAACACUGACAGGUUCUUCUUGAACCCAGCUGCUCUCUCAGAGGAUCACAUGGUCCAGUUUCGGUUCCUUGGCAUCCUCAUGGCUGUAGCCAUCCGCACUAAGAAACCUCUGGACUUGCAUCUGGCUCCUUGGGUGUGGAAACAGCUCUGCUCCAUGCCAUUAGGAGGGGCGGACCUGGAGGAGGUGGAUCUACUCACAUACCGCACCCUCCAAGGCAUCCUCCACCUGGAAAACAGUGGAAUCACUGAGGAUAACUUCCAUGUGAUGAUCCCAUUGGACACAUUCAUGGCCCACAGUGCAGAGGGAAGGCUGGUACCUGUUGUUCCUGGAGGUCAAAACAUCGCCCUGACCUUCGCCAACAGGACUGAAUAUGUGGAGAGAGCAAUGGACUACAGGCUGCAUGAGAUGGAUUCACAGGUGGCAGCAGUCAGAGAGGGCAUGUCCACCAUCAUCCCUGUGCCCCUCCUCUCCCUGCUGACAGCUCAGCAGCUGGAGCAGCUGGUGUGUGGCCUGCCAGAGGUCUCAGUCGAGAUGCUGAAGAAGCUGGUGCGUUACCGUGACAUCACCGAGAGCCACCAGCUCAUUGGCUGGUUCUGGCAGAGCUUGGAGGAGUUCACCAAUGAGGAGCGAGUGCUUUUCCUACGUUUCGUCUCCGGCCGGUCCAGGUUGCCUUCCAACCCGGCUGAUAUCACGCAGAAGUUCCAGAUCAUCAAGGUUGAUAGGCCCGUAAACGGCCUCCCAACUGCGCAGACCUGCUUCUUCCUGUUUCGCCUCCCCCCGUACACCAGCCAGGCCAUCCUCGCUGAACGCCUGCGUUACUCCAUCCACAACUGCCCCUCCAUCGACAUGGACAACUACAUGCUGACCCACAACACUGACCCAGUGGACAGCUCCGACAACGAGGACUGAAGCGACUAGAUGGUGAUGAAUGUAUCUUCUCCCAUGCCAUGCACAUUAUGCACUGAACACAGAUUUCUAUUCGCCAAAACCUGUAAGGUGAUGUACUGUUUAUAUGUUGGUUGACUUGAAGAUAUGUGUAGUUUUGGUUUUCCAACUGUGCAAGGUGUUGUAAUUAUUGCAGUGCUUACUCUGAAUCAAAAACUACAGGGAAACAGAACAAGAUUUUUAAAAAAUAUAGGUGAAUAAGCCACAAUAAAGGAGUUAAUGUGCCUGUUUGUUUGGAAAUAUGUAAUAAUUUAUGACCUGUCCCAGACAGGCAGUAUUAUUGUAAAAUAAAAGAGUG